GCCCCCGGCGGGGGGGAGGCCCCGGCUCACCUGGAGAGGCGGCGGCGCGGAGGGUGGGGGGGGGGGCAGAGCCCCGGAGGGGGAGACGGUGCCCGCCAGCCCCCGCCGGAGCGCCCCUGCCGCGGCCUUUGUCUGCGCUGUCACAUGGGCCGCGGUGCGGGAUUUAAGCGGGUCUCCGCAGGACAUGCCGUGAGCGGCGCGCCGCAGCCCUGCCCGCAGCGGCAGCGCUCCGCCCGGCCGGGGAUGCGGCUCUAGCGGCCCCGCGAUGAGCGGCUCCUCCAUGGCGAAGAGCGAGUCCCGCACUUCGCUGCUGAAGGCGGCGGGGAGCCGGCGGGCGGCGGGCGGCCAACCCCAGCCCCGCGGCAGCCUCGUCCGGGACGGCAAAGGACAAGGCGGGCAGAUGGGGAGGGAGCUGAGCCAGGAGCAGCUCCCCGGGGAGCCCAGUGCCCGCAGGCCGCUCUGCCACCCAGGCGCCCGGGAGGACGGAGCGAGGGGCGCGGGGAAGCUGUCACAUGGACGGGGGGAGAGUCAGCCCGAGCCGGCGGAAGGAGGUCCAAGGAGAGGCAGCGGCAAGGAACCGGUGCGGACAUCCAGGCAGCAUCACCACCUCCCGCACGCCAGCCACGGUCACCCCCAGGACCAGCAUCAGCUCUUAGACAGGGAUGGGGAGGAGGCAGAGGAGGACUUUUUCUUCAGUCACAGGCAGAGGUCCAGCAGAGAGUCCCUGAAGCUCUCGGAAGGCGCUUCACCUCUGUCCAAAUCCAGCAGCAAGUGCUCCACCAAGUCCAGCGGCAGUGAUCGGUCAGUGGAAGCGGAUCCCCUCAUCCAGCAGCUGCACCCCAUGCUCAGCUCGGUCUUUGGCCAGAUCCGCCAUGACGAGAAGACGAGCUAUAAAGCUGUCCAGACGAGCGAAGAGGGGUCGUCGGCUGGCGAGUACCAGGGUCCGCUCAUGGUGCUGGCCCAGAACUGCGCCGUCAUGCACAACCUGCUGGGGCCAGCAUGCAUCUUCCUGAGGAAGGGCUUCGCAGAAAACAGGCAGCCUGAUAGAGAACUGCGUCCGGAAGAAAUUGAAGAAUUAAGAGAAGCCUUUAAGGAGUUUGAUAAAGACAAAGAUGGGUUUAUUAACUGCAGGGACCUGGGGAACUGCAUGCGGACCAUGGGCUACAUGCCUACUGAGAUGGAGCUAAUAGAGCUAUCCCAGCAGAUCAACAUGAACCUGGGUGGCCAUGUGGAUUUUGAAGAUUUUGUUGAGCUGAUGGGACCAAAACUUCUAGCAGAGACUGCAGACAUGAUUGGUGUAAAAGAACUCCGUGAUGCCUUCAGAGAGUUUGACACCAAUGGAGAUGGGGAGAUCAGCACCACUGAGCUGCGAGAAGCCAUGAAGAAACUUCUAGGGCAGCAGGUGGGUCACCGGGAUAUUGAAGAGAUCAUCCGGGACGUGGAUCUGAAUGGAGAUGGGCGUGUUGAUUUUGAAGGUGAGAAGGAAUCAAUGCUCGCUGUCCAUCUCCCCUGGUGUGAGUCAGAGUUUCAGAUCAGAAGCUGAAGUGGAAGACUUGCAUGCUCAGGGCCCAGGGUUCUGAAGUAUGGAGAAAAAAUAACUUCAUUUUUCAGUCAGAUGAAUUGUUCAUUUGUGUAUCAUCUCUUGCUGCAUCUCAGUUUUGAUUGGAUCUCCAUAAUUCUAGCAUGAUAAAAGAUAGAACCUGUCAUACAGAAACAGAUCCGGGUGCACACAUGCUGUCCCUGCAAUUGUUUUAUGGGGCAUUUUCCUUUAAAUCUAUUGCAAGAGCUGUGGAGUGGCUGAAUUGCUUUGGAGAAUGCAUUGCACCUUCCAUUUCCUCUGGCUCACCUUUGUUAUAUGGCUUUAUAGAGAAUUUGUUUCUGUGCCUUUAUGUCAGAAGAUGGUCACGUGCCAGCUGUCCUCACUAAGACUGCAGAUAUCUGAUCCAUAGGUGUCAUGUUAAAUCCUAGAGAUAAUUAAUUUCUUCUCACACUUUUCACGCCAGAAGGACUUUGAAAAAUAAGAGUGGUUAGGCUACUAUCCUAGCCAUUAGCUGUGGCGGGAGCAAAAUUAAUUGAGCCCAGGGUUUCUGGCAAGGAAGCAGUUGAUAUCAGACAGCUAAGAAGAUAUAAGAGCUGGAAAGUGUGAGAAUGUGGCAGGCUGCUUUUUUCCCCUAGUAAAGGGUGAAGUACAGGAACUAUAAAAUUAAAGUAAAAUUGACAUAUUUUUUUUGGCUCAGCAGUAUUCCUGGGUCUCCUACAUGACAAGGCAUCUCAGUCCUCAGGAUUACUGAAGCCUCUGAGGGCUUUGAAAAUAUUAGAAUACCACCAGUGUCUUCCUAUAAAGUAUCUGGUAGCUGCGGUUGUUCUAAUGCACUGGCUGAUUACAUGACAGUAGCUCUCCUUGUUUCCCACAGCUAAAUUAUGUUAGACAGCUAAAAUACAUGAAAUGCUAUCCCAGUAUCAAUUUCUCUGAGUUACCACUUUAGUUGUCAAACUAUCAAUGGAAAAGGAGGAGUCAAGGGGGUAAUUUCCACUGCCCUCCUCUUUACAGAGUCAUCACUUCCUCAGCAAUUCAAGUGCAGAAUGAAAACACAUUUAUGUUUGAUGGCAUUUACACUCAAUUUGAACAAUUGCAAUUGUCUUCACAAACUGCAGGGUAGUCAAGAAAUAGAUCCAGGGUAUCCCUACAGUUAACAUGUAUCUUUAAAUACAAGAAGUCCCUUAAAGUAAACUUUUCUCUGCAAGAAUGCCAGUAUAGAUACUGGCACAACUCUCAUGCUUUCCCACGCUGGUCUCUCUGUGAAGUGGCAAGUUUGCUAAGAAAUCAUACCAUGUUCCCAAAACUGUAAAUCAAGGUUCCCUGAAGUUACAGUGAAGGGAGACAAUACUUGCUAUUUGUUGCACAAAGAGUUGCUUGUGCAAACAAGACCGUAGGUGGCUGGGAAGGACUCCAAGGCAUUGAAUUGAACUGCUGGAGGGAUCUUAUCACCAUAUCUAAUGCAAGGACUAAAGCCCAUGUUGUGUGAGCUCUCAGGGCCAGUCUCGGAGUGCACUGACUUUGCUGGCAGCCUGGGCACUCCCAGUCUCCCCCUGGCUGCUUUCUGUCUCCAGUGACUGAGAGCUGGGUUGGGAACCAUGGAUGCCUUCUGGUUCAGGGCUGUCUUGUGUUGUUGG